UUAAUUAAUAAUCUAUAUAUAUACAUUUUAUAUAAGUACAAAUUAAACAUUAUAUUGGUUUUAUAUUCACAUUGAAGUUUUCUAUACUUUUCUUAAAAUUUCAAUAUAUUUUGAUAAUAUUUAGUAAAAUUAUAUCUAAUACCACAUUUGAAUUCUAUGAAACAUAAAAAUAUACACCAAAUAAUACGAGUCUAAUUUUAAAAAUUUUAAUUAAUGUUAUACGGUAAACUCAACUAUUUUUUUAUUUUAUAAAUAAAAAUAUCCAAAAUAGGAAAAGAUCUCAAAAAAAAACUUUUUGUAAAUCAAUAACUCUAUAAAUUAAUAAAAUAUUAUAGUCACAACAUUAUUGAUUUAUAGAGUUGAUGUGGCUUUUGAGUCUCUCAUGACUCGUAGAGUUUCUUACGUUUCUCCCACUUUCACUUUCGCUUUCUUUCUUUUCCAUUUUUAAUUAUAAGGUUGACAGAUUUGCUGGGAAUUCUCUGAUGCUGAUGUUCUGAAUGACCAUGAGAACUCGUCUAUUAAAGUAUUGAGCCAACAUGCAGAAAGUAAAGAAUACAAUGGAAAGUAAGAAGUACAAGAAGCGGUUUGUGCUCGUCCAUGGGCUCUGCCACGGCGCAUGGACUUGGUACAAACUGAAAACGCAGCUGGAGGCUGCAGGUCACUAUGUGACAGUUGUGGAUCUGGCUGCAUCUGGUAUAAACAUGACUAGCUUGGAAGAGAUUGAGACUUUAAAGGAUUACUGCAAACCGUUGCUUGAGUUUCUGAACUCUCUUUGCUCAGAUGACGAAAAGGUGAUUCUUAUUGCUCAUAGCAUGGGAGGGAUAUGUGCUGCGCUUGCUGCUGACAUCUUCCCAUGCAAGAUCGCUGUUAUUGUCUUCAUGACAGCUUUCAUGCCCGAUACAAGAAAUCCACCUUCUUAUGUUUACCAAAAGAAAAAAGAAUCUCAGUUUCGUAGCAGACAAGUACAACAAAGGCUGAUCACAAGUUUCGCCCAAGAGGAUUGGUUGGACACCGUCUUCGGAACCUACGGGAAACCUGAUCACCCUUUAGAGUUUGCCCUUUUUGGACCAAACUUCAUGGCCACAAAUCUUUAUCAGCUCUCUCCACCAGAAGAUCUUGAAUUGGCGAAAAUGUUGGUGAGGGUAAACCCCAUAGUUACAGACAAUCUAGCAGGGACAAGAAGUUUUAGCGAGGAUAGGUACGGAUCUGUUACACGUAUUUUUAUCGUAUGUGGAGAGGACCUUGCAAUACCUGAGGAUUACCAGCGUUGGAUGAUCAGCAAUUUUCCUGUAAAAGAAGUGAUGGAGAUCAAAGAUGCAGAUCAUAUGGCUAUGUUCUCUAAGCCUCAAGAACUCUGUGCUCUUCUCUUGGAAGCUGCGGAUAAAUAUGCUUAAAUAAACCACAAUAAUAAGCCAGAUGUGACUGAUCUGGAUGACUACAUUAUUUUUGUAAAAAAAAAAAAAAAUAUAUAUAUAUAUAUAUAUAUAUAUAUAUAUAUAUAUA